AUGCCAAACAGCAUCAUCAGGGAGGAGAAUGUGAAGUCGGGACUGCUGAAGAUGCACAAGCUAUGGGUCAUGCUGCUGGCUGUGGCUGUAGUCUCACUUCUUUCUGUGUGCUUUCUGGCACUGAACGAUAGACCUGACAUCAAGGCUCCAGGGGCAAAAGUGUGUCAAGAACUGUUGAGCAACAUAACACAACCUCAGAAGAUAAAUGAAGCCUGGAGCCUGAGACAUGUGAAGUUAAUGCAGACCUGCUGCUGGAAGUUCAAUGCAACUGCCUUGGCCCAGUACAGGGCAGAGCUAGGGCGCUGCUGCAAUGCCUCAGCCUGGCUGGCUGUGACACAGGACAACACACCACUGGGAUCCAAGAUUGUCUAUGAUGGAUACCAGUCAGCAAGCUUGAAAGUCAGCAACGGUUUGAUGGAGAUUCUGCCGGAGAAGUCCCCCUUUCUGCUCCCUCUCUACGAAAGCUGUGCUGUAGUGGGAAAUGGAGGAAUUCUCAGGAACAGCAGCUGUGGCUCUAAAAUUGAUGCACACCAGUUUGUAAUCAGGUUUAACCUGCCUUCUGUCAACUUCCCUGAGGAUGUGGGCAGAAAGUCAAGCAUUGUCACUGUAAAUCCCAGUAUCCUUCAUAAAAGGUUUCGUGGUCUGAAUGGUCGGCGUCUGCCAUUUGUGAAGGCAGCAGCUUCUUAUGGAGAAACUUGGUUCCUCAUCCCAGCUUUUUCCUACCCUGGAGGUACUGAGGCUUCUUAUCGAGCAGUCUAUGCCUUACUGGACUCUGCCUCCCAGUCGCAUGCCUUCUUCUUCCACCCUCACUACCUGAGUGCUUUAAGCAAGUACUGGCAUGAUCAUGGUUUUCAUACCCGUCGCCUCUCCUCAGGUUUCAUGCUGGUGAAUGCUGCUCUGGAGUUGUGCCAGCACAUUACACUCUAUGGCUUCUGGCCCUUCUCUUUGCAUCCUGAUGGCCAUUCCCUGCCCCAUCAUUACUAUGACAAUGUGCUUCCCGACAGAAGGUUGCAUAUCAUGCCCAAAGAAUUCACUUAUUAUGUGGAUAUGCACUUCCAUGGUGUGCUGCAGCUGCAUGUGGGGCGGUGCUAA